AAUGCACCUUCAUCACGGCGGGGCGGGGACGGGAGGAGUCCGUCAGCUGGGUCGCUCGUCAGGUCACCGCUUGAAUCGAGGCGCUGUUGCUCGUUAAAACCAGUAUUUUUCUAUUUGAUCAGCAAGGGGGUAUUCUUCUCAAGACAUCUGACUGAUCUUAAUAGUGAAAUUGGUGCGUGUAGCAACGAAGAGAGCGUGAAACGUUUGGCCUUGGUUACGGCCGUGGCUGGAAAGAAGAUAAACAAAGAUCAGCUGAGCCGUCACUUGACACCCACACCCAUGGGUCUUUGUUAUUUUGAGACUCUCCAUCCAUUAUGUACUUAGGAACGAAAAAAAGAAAUUAUUCUAUGUUAAAACUUUUGUAAAGAUUAACAAAAUCAAUUCGUAUUUACUGUAGUGUCGUGAACACAACUCUCAUCAUGUUUGUAGUUCUUUCAGAAUAACUACCUGGAUCCAAACGGAAAAUAUGUAUGUUGGCAAACACACCUCAUAGUCAGUGAAUGAAAAUGAAAGUAUCAGGGAGAAUAAGUGAAUUGUCAAGCUGUUCCAUUCGAUAUUUGGAAUUGAGGACCUACCAUUCUGCAAGGCCAGAUUGGUGUUCCUCUGUGGCCUCCUCCUCAUUUUUAUCUCGGAGACUGAAUGCAUCAAAAAAUCUCUACAGCAAAGACUUAUAUGCCCACUAUGGCUGUGUCAAUGCUAUUGAGUUUUCCAACGAGGGAGAUCUACUGGUAUCAGGAGGUGAUGACCGCAGAGUUUUGCUGUGGAAUGUGGAUGGUGCCUUGUCUGGGAGUCACCGUCCGUGUAUUAUGAAGGGGGAACACAACAGCAACAUCUUCUGUCUCAGUUUUGAUUCAAGCAAUACAAGAAUAUUUUCAGCUGGGAAUGAUGAACAAGUUAUUGUGCAUGAUAUAAAAACGGGUGAAACUUUAGAUGUAUUUUUGCACCGUGAAGCUGUGUAUGGUGUUUCUGUGAGUCCCACAAGUGACUCUGUAUUUGCCAGUGCUGGAGAAGAUGGUCAAGUCCUUCUGUAUGACAUGAGGGAACCUGUUACUACAGAUCCUGUUUGCCUGGCACGGUAUUAUGACGCCUUCCAUGCUGUUCAGUUCCAUCCAGUGGAGCCAUUAUUUAUAGUUACUGCCAAUUCACGAAAAGGAGUCUCCUUGUGGGAUAUUCGGAAGCCUAGAGUACCUGUUUUGCGAUAUGGGGAGAAAAAAUGUGCACAAGCCUCCAUUUGUGCCAGAUUCAACAGAGUUGGCACUCAGAUCAUUGCACUGAGAAGAAGGCUUCCACCUGUUCUGUAUGACACACACAGUUCAAAGCCUGUUUGCCAGUUUGACGCUGAACACUACUACAACUCAUGUACCAUGAAGAGUUGUUGUUUUGCGGGUGACAAUGAUCAGUUUGUUCUUUCUGGAUCAGAUGACUUCAAUCUAUACAUGUGGAAAAUACCAGAGAGGAAUAGUUCAAGAAAUUUUGUAUCUGAAGCUCACAUGGUGCUAAAAGGUCAUCGAUCAAUUGUCAAUGAAGUGAGAUUCAACCCACAAAACUUCAUUAUAGCAUCUUCUGGGGUUGAAAAAAUAGUAAAGCUUUGGAGUGGAUUGUCUCUUCCUGGAUCCAAAGGAAACUUGAAGACAAAUUCAUCUGGAAACUUAAUGACUAGAAGAGUAUACACACAUGAUGAAUACAUAGGACUUGUUAUGGAAAGUGGCCAGGUACUUGGGGAUGUGAAUCAUGAUUAUAGUCAUGGUAGCAUGGAUGAGGACCCCCGCAUGAUGGCGUUCUUUGACUCCCUGGUGCAGCGAGAAGUGGAGGGGUGGACAUCCAACACUGAUCUCUCUGAUGACCUUGAUGAUAAUGCUCCAGGGUCAGGUCUCGAUGAUGAUGAUACAGAGACUACCACCACCACCACACAAUCAUCAUUGUCACAUGCAACCUCUCAAUCUGAUGACAAUGACUCAGAUGAUGAAGCAAAUAGGGGUCCGGGUCAUGACAGCUCUGAUGAACAGCAAGCAGCUGUGCAGCUGAAUCAACUUCAGAGACAACAUGCAAACAAUGAUCCACCAAAAAAUGAUGAUGAUGAUGAUGAUGAUGAUGAUGAAGAUGAGGAAGAUGAAAGAGAGAAAAUAUCUGGAGGCAGUGAAUGGAUCAUGCACCUGAUUGCCAAAAAGCGAGCCAAACUUAGAAUUGCAAAACGAGCAAGAAGAAAAAGGAAACACCUUCGAAGAAAUCGCAAGAAAACUCAGCAUGUUCUUCGUUCUUUCACCACACAAAGAAGGUACCUUUAUCAUCCAGGUCAAAACUCUGUAGAGGAGCAUCCUCUCCAAGCAGAACUCCCUGGUGCUGUGGCUGAUAGUGGAGGAACCUUUCGCCGUCGUACAUCAUACCGGCGGAGAUACAUGGCUCCUUACACCAUCAUGGUAGUUCAUAAUUCAGAGCAAGAAUCUGAACCAGAAUCUGAUGAACAAGAAAAUGGCAAUGUCAGUGACAACGCAGAAGAUAAUCACACUGCUACAGAACAGCAAGCCAGUGAAAAUCUUGAGAAGGUUGAGAAUGGUAAACGGUUGCUUUGGUCUUCAGAUAGUGAAAGUAGUAUUGACAAUGGUCUUUGUCCUGCAAAGCGAAAACGAACUAGUUUGAGUGAAAGUGACAGUGACAGUGAUGAGGAAGGACAGCUGGAGAAAAAAAAUGGACAGAUGAUAUCAGAAAUAAUAGAUUCUAAUUCUAGUGACUCGGAAACUGAAAAACAUAAUGUUGAAGCAAAUUCUAUGUCACAAAAAAAUCUGAAUAGUGAAGGCAACAGCAGUAGAUCAUCUUGUCUUCCAAAUAUUCUAAAUGAUACUACAUUAUCAGAAGAAAGUUUUGGUGAUAGUAAUGGAAUCUGUGACAUUACCAGUGAGUUAAACAUCAGUAGUACUGUAAGUGAUGCCAUCCCCAUCAGUAGUAUUUCAUAUGAUGAUAAUGGUUCACUCUUGUUUGAAACAGAACAUAGCUCACUUGUCUCAGGCAUAGAUCUUCCAAAUACCAUUAACAUGCCAACUGCUACCACUACUAAAAAAAUUAUGCAGAACGGUUCAAAUCAAUCAACUAAUGGAACACUUAUGGGAAACACACUUGAAAAUGUAAAUGUACACACCUCUCAUAAUGUAGAAAAAGAUGACGAGGAGCUAAAUGGACAAAAUCCUGAAGAUAAUGUAGCAGAUAAUACAGAAAAUUCAAAUACAAGUGAUUGUUCUUUAAAAUUCAAAAAAAGACAGUCUGCCUUUAAUGUCAGAAAUUACAGAAGACGAUCUGAAGAUGAACUUUGAAGACUGUCAGUGUUCUUUCUGAGUUUUUUUGACAUUUGAGGAUAGGACUCAGAAUUAUUUUCCAAUGUACUUUGAUACAGUAACACUUGUAAUAACUGUACUUUGCUUCUUCCAGUUUGUUUUAUAGAUAAUAGUAUUUAAGAAACAAUUGUAGGAGACCGGAGACCAUAUAUUAUCACACUUUUCUGUAUUUUGAAUACUUUAACUAUGUAUCUUUAAAAAUCAUUCAAAUCAUGAAAAUAAAACAAAGCCAAUUCUUACGUAGGAAUGGAUGUAAGUUCAGAGAUACAUAUUAUAUACUAUAUAUAUAAAAAAUAUAUAUAUAUUUUUGUAUUGUAUCUAGUCAACAAUAUCUCCUACCAUAAGAUUUUGAGUACUAUAUUUUUUUUUAUUUUUCAAUCCUAUACUUUAGUAAGAAGCAUGGACUCGAUAAAUUACAGACAUAAUACUAAAAAAUCCUUUUUUUUUUUUUUUUAUAGAACAGUUAUGGUGGCUGCCUUCUGUUGUUUGGUGGUGAACUGUUGAGUACCACAAGUAUUGUAGUUUAAUUUGGGUAACUCCAUUAAGAAUGAAAAUGAGUUCUAAAGUGAACAUUAAGAAUGAAAAUGAGUUCUAAAGUGAAUUAACAAGCACAAAAAUAUGUGAAAUAGCCUAAUUUAGUAUAAAACAAUUAGUUGAGUUGCAAUGUACUACAGCUGUGGCCAGACAAUGCUGCUACUUAUAACAUGAAGAACACAUAUGUUAUUUUUGAGCAGCAACUUAAUUUAUAUCCCAGUAAUACCUAUGUUUGUUGUAAUAAAUGUAUUUGAAAGA